AUGGAAAUGGGCGCCAAAAGUCGUUUCAAUCUGGAGUUGCACUCUUUUCGUUGCAAUUGCAUUGCCGGUUUAGCAAAUACCUUUACAUGCAACAUGAGCCGACUGGCCCCCAAUCGCUACAGUUUGAGUGGCUUGGUCGAGUUACAUCGCCCAAUGCAUCCAAAUGCUGAAAUUGCUAUAUAUGUACACUAUAAGUUGCCUACAGCGAAUCGAAGGAUAAAAUUCAUGGAUUUGCGGCUAAAGCUUUGUGACGUAAUGUCCAGUGUCCAGCGUAUGCCAGUGGUGAGAAAUAUUCUAGUCGAAAUAAGACGGAGCAGUAAUUUUCCCUUAACCUGCCCCUUUAAGGAGCACGUCAUGUAUAACUUAUCAAACAUGAUAAUCACCAAUGAGAUAAUUCCCCCCUAUGUGCCACAUCAUCAUGUUAAUGUGUCUCUGCAAUUUUAUGAACAACAGCUUCAAAUUGCAUACUACAAUGUGUCCGGAUCCGUUAUUCCCAAGUCCAUAAAGGGCUGA